AAAAAUCCCAAAACUAACUCUAACAAACCCAACGCACCCAUUGUUAUCCUCCAACGCCUCACUUCCUCCUUCUUUCUCUUCCUCCCUCUCCUCAAACUCCUCCUCCUCCUCUCGCGUGCCCCUCCUCCAUUCAUAGAAACUUCUAAGGCCAAACAAAUAAACGAUUUUACAAUAUUAGUUAUAUUAAUUAAUUAUCAUCUACAUCUAUUUUGGGGUGUUGGAUAUCUAUUUAUCGUCACACACAUUGUCUCAUACUCGUUGACUCUUGUUUUGUGAACAAGUCCAAUAAGAAGAAGAAGAGGGGGAGGUGCGUUGAUGAGUGGAUAAAGAGAGGGAGGAGCAUUAAUCAAAAAUUUGUUAUUGGAUUAUAUAGAAGAGAUUAUUAUUAUUGUUAUUGUCGGAAAAAGCAGAGGAGGAGGAGGAGGAGGAGGAGGCUGCGGAGAUGGCGGGGGGAUUCGGCGGCGGCGGCGAAGGUGGGAGGAGGGCGGAUUUGUAUGAGGGGAGGAUCACAAGCUAUUUUGUACUCGCGUGUAUUGUGGGAUCGCUCGGUGGCUCUCUCUUUGGAUAUGAUCUUGGUGUUUCCAGUGGAGUGACAUCUAUGGAUGAGUUCUUGAAGGAGUUCUUUCCUUCUGUGUACAGAAGGAAGCAGGCACACCUGCAUGAGACAGACUACUGCAAGUAUGACAACCAGGUGCUGACCCUCUUCACUUCUUCUCUCUACUUCGCCGGCCUCGUCUCGACGUUCGCGGCGUCGCUCGUCACCCGGAGCUACGGCCGGCGGAUCAGCAUCAUGGUCGGCUCCGUCAGCUUCUUCUUCGGCGGCGUGAUCAAUGCCGCCGCCCAGAACAUCGCCAUGCUGAUCAUCGGCAGGAUCCUCCUCGGCGUCGGCAUCGGGUUCGGAAAUCAGGCAGUUCCUCUGUACCUCUCGGAGAUCGCGCCGUACAAGAUUCGCGGGGCGGUGAACCAGCUGUUCCAGCUGACGACGUGCCUCGGCAUCCUCGUCGCCGACGUGGUCAACUACUUCACCGAAAAGAUCCACCCAUGGGGGUGGCGGCUCUCGCUCGGCCUUGCCGUCGUCCCCGCCACCCUCAUCUUUGUCGGAGGCUUCUUCCUCCCCGAGACCCCCAACAGCCUCGUCGAGCAGGGUCGCCUUGACGAAGCCCGCAAGAUCUUGGAAAAGGUAAGAGGAACGCCGAAAGUUGACGCAGAAUUCGAGGAUCUGAAGGAGGCGAGCGAGGCCGCACGUGCGGUGAAGAAUCCUUUCAGGAACCUGCUGAAGCCGCGCAACCGGCCGCAGCUGAUCAUCGGCGCGUUGGGGAUUCCGGCUUUCCAGCAGCUGACGGGCCAGAACUCGAUCCUGUUCUACGCGCCGGUGAUCUUCCAGAGCCUAGGGUUUGGGUCGGGCGCGUCGCUUUACGCGUCGAUCAUCACGGGGUCGAUGCUCGUGGUCGGUGCGCUCGUUUCGAUGUCGGUGGUCGACCGGCUCGGGAGGAGGUUUCUUUUCAUUGAAGCUGGGAUUCAGAUGAUCGGCUCAAUGAUAAUCGUCACAGUAACCCUGGCGCUGAAAUUCGGGCACGGGGAGACCCUCUCGAAGGGCGUGGCGGCCCUGCUCGUCGUCAUGAUCUGCCUCUUCGUCGUGGCGUUUGGGUGGUCGUGGGGCCCGCUGGGCUGGCUUGUGCCGAGCGAGCUCUUCCCCCUCGAGAUGCGGUCUGCCGGCCAGAGCGUCGUCGUCUGCGUCAACCUCUUCUUCACCGCCGCCAUCGCGCAGUGCUUCCUCGCCGCCCUCUGCCACCUCCGCUACGGCGUUUUCAUCCUCUUCGCAGGCCUCAUCCUCAUAAUGUCCAUCUUCAUCAUCCUCUUACUCCCUGAGACGAAGCAGGUGCCGAUCGAGGAGAUCUCGCAGCUUUUCGAGAAGCACUGGUACUGGAAGCACAUUGUGAGCAAGGAUGUUGAGCUGGUGCAGAGACACCAGAAGCAGCAGCAGCAAGAGGCUAAGACUGCUGCAGCUGUUUAAAUAAGCCAAGCCUCUCUGUUUUAGUUGCUGCAUAUGUUUGAAUCUUACAAGGAAGUUCUUGUGUUUCUUUUUCUUUUCUUAUUUUGCUUCUGUGAACAUUUUUCUCUUGCUAUUGUUGAUUAACAGUUAAAAACUAAUAAGUAUAACAUUAUUUAUGUGUCUCGCAA